AUGUUCAUCAAAGAGCAAAACAUAAAUAUUAAGGAAAAAUUAUUCGGUAAAAUUGAUGUUGAUUAUUCAUUAUAUGGAAAUCAAUUUACAAGCGUUCUUGGAUUAGAAUACGUCAAAAGUUCAUUUACCGUUACCAGCUCUACUUUUGAUCAAUGUUAUGCAUUCGGAAGAAAAGUAUCAGGCCCAUGUGGCGGCGCAAUUUUCUUAUCAAGAUCAAUAUGCGUUAUUAAAGAAACAGAUUUUACAAAAAACAUAGCAGCAGAUGGCGGUGCUGUUUGCUUAAUACGUUCAAAUGCAUUUUUAGACGGAAAGAACGAUCAUAGUUCCAAAUUUGAGUCAAAUACUGCAUAUUCCUCCGGUGGUGCUAUACUAUUCGAAGGAUAUACUCCUAAAGAUGAGAAUUCGAAAUCAUUUACUAAUAAUUUUCAACUUUUUAUUUAUAAAUACACUUUUACGAGUAAUAAAGCCGAUCAAACAGGAGGUGCAAUCUCCAUCGAUCGUGAUUCAGAAAUUUACUUAGAAAAUUUAAUUCUCAGAUACAACACAGCCGGUGACCAAGGCGGCGCUAUAUUCUGUUUAAAUGCCAAACUAAGCGUUUUUAAGAGUGCCAUCCAAGCAAAUGCUGCAGGCGAAAAUAACAGAACAGUAAUUUCUAAAAAUCAAUCAAGAAGUGACACCAAUAAAUACUCUCUCAGAUUUAGAGGACGCGGAUGUGGUGGUAUUGCAUUCAUUUCUAUUGAUGAUCAGCGCCACUUUAUUUCUCAAGAAAAUUGUUUUUCAUACAACAAAAUGUUCAAUGGCUUCAUAAAUACACUUGAAUCUAGCAGUAAAUACACUGAUGAAAGAGGUAAUGAUUACAUGCUUGAAGGCAAUGCUUACUGGCAAUCUUAUAAAGAUUACCUUCAAGAUUCAGAAAAAGCUUAUGCAUUUAUUGGCAAUACAAGUCAAUUUAUAAAGCAGAUUUAUCAACCACUCAGUUACGAUACUCAACCAAAUGAUGAUAAAUGCAAACAAAAUAGUGUUAGCGAGAGUAAAUUUUCUAAUGUUCAAACUUUGUCUCUUUCAAAUGCUCGAAAGUCUAAUGAAGGUAAUGAUGAAAUAACUUCUCAAGUUCCCCCUCCAUCUCCAUUUGUAUAUGCUGCUACUCCAAUUACACGACUUCCCCAGAAAACAACAUCAUCACACACUUUUUAUUCAUCUUUUAAUUCAAGCAGAUGGACAAUAUCAUUCACAUAUUCUGUUGCUGCAACAUUCUUCAGAACACCAUUUUCAACACCACAUAUGACACCAUAUUACACACCUGACACAACUUUCGAGCCAACUGCUAUGACUCCAUGUCCUUCAUCAAAUCCUCUCAAUGAAGAAACAAAGACUACUAUAUACACUUUAUCAGAUCCUCGUACAGCAUACUUAACUCUCACAGCUUUAGUUACAAAUAUUACAAGUACAAUCACAACAAUUUUCACAAAUACUUUAACACUUUCAAUGCCAUACACAGAAAAUACUUAUAAAUUAACAAAUAUUACCUCAAUCACAACAAUUGCUACAAAUCUUGCUUCAAACGAGACUUAUACACUCUAUUAUCCAACAUUUACUAAUACUGCUACUUAUACAGACUUUUACAAUAAUCAAAAAGUCAAUUCAACAAUUAACUACUUGUCUUUUACGAAUAGUGCGAGUAGCGUUUUAUCUGCAACAUUCGUUGAAACAAAUAGAUCAUUAAUUGAAAUUCCAAGUAAUUUUGGCAUCUUCCCAAUAAUGGCUUACACUAAUUCAUCAACUACUACUGUUACAUAUACUAUUAAUAAUGAAGAUAGUUUAGUACUAACAAAAACUGACUAUGCCAUAAUUCUGACUGCGAUCAACGCAUAUGCUUCAGGAAUAUUUAGUUUGACGAAUGGACAAUCAACUACACUUACAUCAACAUUUAUUAAUUGUACAACAAGCACAUUCACAAUUGUGCAAAUUCCGACAGUGAUACCAACUAUUCAACACUUCAGCUCAACAGAUUUUUCCACUUUUGCAAUUACUACAAGCAAAUUAACAUUAGUUCCAAAUAUUACAGUUACAACACUAUCAGGAAUAAGCUACAUUUCAGGUUAUACAAAAGCCUCAGAGAAUACAAUUACAGUUGUUUAUUAUCCAUAUGUUACACUUUACAGCACAAUUACUACACUAGAUGAUUCACAAACAACAUAUACAUAUACAGCUGUUACAACUCUUACACAAACAUAUUCAUCUAUUAACCAAAAUAGUGAAUUCGUUUCUUAUUAUUCUUUGCAAACAACGUGGACAACAAAUACACUCACAUUUUCAUAUAGUAUGACCAACACAAUUACAGGUACAAAUGUUUUCACGCUUACACAAACAGAAUCUUCAUAUUUCUCUAUCAAUCCUACAGGCAUAAGUUAUACAGUUAUAUCUUCAACUCUUAAAGCAAAUAUACAAGAUCUUCCCACAAAUGUCACAUUCAACAGUCCAGUGUUCACAUGGACAUUCACUUUUUAUCUUCCAAUAAAUGGUAUAAGCGAUAGUGUAUUUUACACUUUCACACAAGUUAUAUUAGGAUCUGAAACUGUUUCAACAGUCUUACACGUUCCAGAGCUUUCAUUUGAUGGCGUUUUAACUUCUUAUAUUAAUACUAAUACUCUUGUAGGCUCAACAACAAACAUUGAUACUCUUACAUACACAAUCUCUUAUUUCAGUGACUCAUCAACACCAUCUUCACUAUCAAUUGAAAUACCGACUUUCAUUACACUAUUUACAACAAAAACUAAUAUCUCAAUUUACACAUUCGAUGAAACUAAUAUUAUAACACAGACGAUAACGAAUUAUUAUUCAACAGCAUUCACUGAAGUAGUUUACACUGCAAUCUACAGUACAACAUCUAUUUAUAAGUCUACAUACCAUAAUAACAAUUUAACAUUAAUGGAGACAGAAACAAUUGCAAAAAUAUUGACAUCACUAACAACUAAUAUUAAUAUCUCGACAGUUAUUGAAUAUACAUUUAGUGGAACAACACAAUAUAUGACACAAUUAGAAACAUUUACAAUUGCAAAUGACAUAACUCUUACAACAACUUAUUAUAAUAAAACAUCGACAGCUACAAUGAUAAACGGUCCAUCAAUUAAUUAUGAAUGGACAGCAGUUAAUAAAUUAAGUACAGUAUUUGUUUACCCACUUUUAACGAAAACAUUAUUAAGUACUGCAACAGUUAUUGAUUAUCCGAUUUAUACAAUUAAAAACCAAAAUGUAACUAUUACUCAUACAACAACAGCUACAUAUAUAUUGACAAAUACAAUGACGAUUUUCAACACAACAACAUAUUUAAUAGAUGCUAAGGAAAUUUCAUAUAUUAAUACAUCAAUUAUAGAAGGAAAAUUAAUACCUACAUACACUGAAACUGAUGUUCUUACAUACAAUGUUUCAUUAAACAAUGCGAAAAGACUUAUGGAAAUUGAUAAUAAACAAUUUUCUGGUGUUAAAUUUACAAUUCCUGCAACAAGUAAUCCGCUUUUGGCUGAAAGAGAAACAUUACUUCCAAAUUACACAUAUACAGAAACUACUGUACAUUCACCAGUUCCUAAUAAUUUAAUUCUCAAGGCAAGUACAAUUUAUAUUUAUUCUUCUACAACAACAAUUUUUAGUAGUACAUAUAUAAACUAUUCGGAUACAGUCAUAUAUACUUUUACAGAAAUUCCAACUUAUACAGAUGCUUUCAUAUCUUUCAAUCCGUCUAGUUAUGCAAAUCAAGGUGGUACUUCAUAUGUUACAAGUUAUUCAUUCAAGGAUGUUACUAUGAAUACAAGUACAAUUGUUUUUACAAGUAUGAAAACAAUGCUUGAAGUUAAUUUACUUUCAUACACAAAGACAAAUUCAAUUUUAACUGUUACAUCAGGAUCAGGACAGACAUCAACUAUUUCAUGGUAUGGUUCACAAGUUACAAAAGAUAAUGAAUAUAUAACAUACUCAUUUACUGACAUAACAACAAACUUUGUCACAAUGAAGAAUGAUAAUUUCACAAUAGGACUUAUUUUAACCACUUAUAUGCUUAUGACAAAUAUUAAAGCUAUCACAGACUCAUUUGUUUUAGUUCCUAAAAUAGUUUCAACAAAUGUUUCAUACACUUAUGUAAAUAUAUCCGGUGAAACUGUUGUUCCAAUAAUUAUUUCAGACAAUAAUAUUCCGCCAAGAACACCUGCAAUUACACCAAUGUUGACACCAACACCAAAACCUAAAAUAGGUGAUAUGUGGGGAAGUACAAGUACAACUACUGCAGUUAAGAAAGUUACAAGUGUAACUGAUUAUAAAUCAUCGUAUACAGUUGUAUUACCAGGACAAAGUACAAAAAUAUCGACUAUAACAAUAGUUAAUUCAAGUACAUUCACAAAUGUUAGUCAACAACAAACUGAUACAUAUACAAAGACAGAAGUUCAAUCUCUAACAGAAUUUGAAGUUGUAAACACUGGUAGACAAUUAAUUGUAGCUACAGGAGCAACAAUGGGAUAUAAAGAUGUAAAUACAAGUACAUAUGAAUCAACACUAACGAUUUCAAUAAUUAAAACAGCUGAUACAUAUUUAAUAAUUAAAGAUACAGAUGUUCCAGCACCAAUUGUUACAGACACAAAUAUUUCAUCAAUAACAUUUGAAUGGAAAUCAGUCACAAAUGCUAAUACAUCUAUUCCUACAUAUACAUCAGUUCCAACAAGUAUCUACACAGUUAUCACUUUACCAAAUGAAGAUGAAACAACAACAUACACAAACACUUUUACUCAGUCAAUUACAAAUAUAUCGACACAAUUAACAGAAGGAAACACUUUGUUACCAGUCAAUAUUUCAACAACAGCAAACACUUUGACUGAAACAAAGAAAUUAGAAAAUACUGUUGUUCUUAGUCUAAAACCAACACAUUUCCCUUCACCAAGUAAUUGGCCUAGUCCGACACCUCGUCCUCCAAUUCCUUUGAGGACUCCAGAACCAACAAUGACUCCUAAGCGUCCAAACACUGAUCCAGGAACAGAUACAAGACUUGAAAUCACCAAAUCAUUGACAGACACAGAAACAGUAGCUUCAACAAAGUCAAAGACACUUAUAAAAGCAUUAUUUGACUUAAGUGUAAAUUCCAGUAUUAUUCAAAUUCCUUACUUAACAGAGACAGAUACAGAUGUUCCGACAUAUACAUCAACACAAACAUACAUUGAUGUAUUAACAUACAAAUCAGAUGUUUCUGUAACACAAUCAAAGACAAUUAUUGCAACAUCAACACUUUCUAAUACAACAAUUUCUAAAGAAACACUUUCAGUUACAAAUACAACAACAACCCAUGAAUCAACUAAUAAAAAUACAACAACAUUUACUAUUUCUUUAACUUACAUUGUUACACAAACAUAUGUUUCAACAAAUGUAGAAACAAUGCUUUUGAUUGCUCAAGAAGGUGUUACUAAGUCAAAGAUGUCAUCUGGAACUCUUAUUCUUGUUUGUUCUUUAGUUAUUGGUUCAUCAAGCAUUUUAGGAAUUCUUGGAGUUACAUUAUAUCGUAAGUCGCGUAAAACAAGUUCUUCUGGAUUCGAAGAUGAAGAAUCAACUUCACUUAAUGAUACUAAUUUAUUUGGAUCUGUAAGAAUUGAGAAUACUAUUAUUAAAUUCGAUGAAGAUGAUGAGAAUCAAAUGAUUACUAAAUUUGCUCCUGAUUUUGAUGAUGAUGAUGGUGAACUGAGAACAAUUCAAGAUGCUAAUGACGAUGAUGAUAUUUUCAUGAAUAAAGAAUUUUAA